CUACUUCACAUGAAGAAGAGAACAGAACAUUGCAGUUUCCAUUUCCAUCAGAUCAAGAGGGACAAGGAGAGGAAAGGGGAGGGGAGAGUGGGGUGUGGUAAUCAAUGUUUAAAACCAACAGCCCAUCCCUCUCUUCCUCACUCCCUCUCUCUCUCUUUCUCUGACUGUCCAACUCCUCGCACAACUUCGUCACCAUGUCACAGGUCCAGCAGGCUAUGGCAUUGCUCAUCUCAGCCUUCCACAAGUACUCUGGCAAGGAGGGCGACAAGACGACCCUGAGCAAGGGAGAACUCAAAGAUCUGCUCAACGCUGAGCUUGGAGAGAUCAUGGGGAAAAACACUGACCAGGCAAAGGUUGACAAGAUCUUCAAAGAUCUGGACGCUAACUCAGAUGGCAGUGUGGACUUCCAGGAGUACGUCACACUGGUGGCCUGCCUCACCAUGAUGUGCAAUGAGUUCUUCACCAAGAAGUGAAACAGCUCCCCCUGCCCACUCUCCACAGAACAGCAGCUCUUGCUCCAUGAGUGAAUUCAUGAUAAGAUUAGCAAGAUCCUCAAUGCAGGUUCAGAGGGACAGAGAUGUAGGUUUACACACAUACACAGAAAAAGGGUUGGGUUGAUUAUACACACCACACAUAGACAGACAGGUGAAGGACACAGACACUGACCUGUACACAUACAGACAUAUAGGCUACUAUCUCAUGAGAUGGAGAGGAAGCUCUUUGGUUUGUUUAAAAUGAAAAAUGAAAUAAACUAUUUUAAUAUGUUU